UUUAAAUUUAAUUUUUUCAAUAAGAAACGAAGCGUAAAGAGGAUACGCGCGAGGCCUUUUCCUAAACCCAUCUUUCACAUUCUAUAUCUGCAUCCUUUAUCAUCACCAUUUAAAAGAUUGACCCAUUAGGAUUAUAAACAAUUAGGACUCUAUAAGUUUUAAAGCAAACCGCUUUUAUUUUAGGCCAAAAGAUUUCAAUAAGAUAAUAAAAUAUAAUAAAUUAUUUGCAUAGAAAAGCUGACAUUUUUGCAAAAAAUUAUUAUAUACAUAUAAAAGAAUGUAACAGAAGUGUGCACGGUGCGUGAUUACGAUUAUCGUUACUUUUACGAAAUUAGCGAUUAUUCAAAUAUAUGAUUUCGAUGAUAAUAUGAAAACAAAUAGAAAGUUUAUCAGAAUGAACAAUAUCUGUCCUCUAGCGUCUCCAUACGUACUACGUUCGAAUAACCACAAAUAUUUUCUCAUCCGAUACGCGAGAGAUUCUUGAAAUGAGAUUCGAAUAAUGAGGAAAUAUACGAAUUAAUCUUAUAAAUUGAUUUAUUUUUUCGGUAACUUUGCUUCAAUACUCUUGUAUGUCUACAAAAUAAUUGGAGAAAUAAAAUUAUGUAUAAAAAGAAUCAUAUAUAUAAUUCCAUUUUAAAAAUUAAAAUAAAAAAAAGAUAGAUAAGAUAUGCAUAUAUACAUAUAUAUUGCAUAUAUACAUAUAUAUUGUCUAAACUAGUCAAACAUACCAACUUUAAAAGAUUGUCGGUUUCACUUUUCAUUAUGUGUGCGUAAAUUCCCAGCACGAUAAAUUGCUUUUCUUUAAUGUCGUUAACAGCUUGUCUCAAUCAGUAGUUCUGUUUUGUCGUUUGCCGGAGUAUAAUCGUGCGCUAUCAUUUGCCAGAAAGUGAAUCGCGAAAUUCAACAUUAGAGUGUUAGCUUUACUAUUCUAUCUGUUAUCAUAUUCAGCACGCUUCAGUCAUAAUUAUUACAAAUAAUAGUGUCAACAUUACGAUUAUAUGUGAAUCGGAUUUGAACAUAUUUAUCGAAAAAAACUAUACGAUCGACAACGAGAACUGCGGAAAAUCUUAAUGCUAAUGUUAUUGUGCUAUAUAUACUUGAUAUCUUCACCGAGAACUAUGUGGAAAGGCAUGCAAUUUAUCUCUGAUUAACGUGACCUCGGUCUAUGACUUUGUAUUAACAAAGUAUUAAUGUCUUGAACAAGUAGCAUUUUAAUUUCCUUAUUCUUAAUUCUUCUUAACUUUAAGAUUAAACAAAACAUGUCUUAUUCUUAGGAUUUCUUAUUUAUCUUUAUUCUAUCCUAAUGUAUACACGUAUAAAAAAAGAUGUCAUUUUAAAAAUGAUCCAUGAUCUUGAAGAUAAUGAUGUUAAGAAUACAGAGGUUUUAUCGCUCAAGUAAAUCAUAAUUGACAAGAUGAAAGCUUACAUUAUAUAGAUGAUUGGAUUAUAUCGAUAUUGCUCAACAAGAAUAAAAAGCUACAAAUGCAUUUUGUACGAUAACGAUGCCGUAUUAGUUGUGCGACUUUGUAAUGGUGUAUACAUAAAAUGAUGUGACUUCUUAUUUUCUGUUAUUAUAUUAUAAGUGAGGAAGAAUGUGCUGUCCCCCAAGAUAAAAUCACGCACUAUGAGGUGAAAUCAGUGCAUCUUUAGAGGAUUCAAUAAAAGGAUCAAAGGAUCAAAGGAAUCUCUCCUUGUCACUCUGUCACCCAACACAUUUUUUGCUUUCCAGAUAAACUCGUUGCAGAACGAAGUCACACUCGUUUCGGUAAUUGACAAUAAAGCGUUAGACAUUUACUUACAAGGUAUGAAGAAAAUUGAUUUUUUGAAUUUGAAGCGUCAAUAGUUCAACGAUGUGUCUAUCAAGCAAGAUAUUUUGUUGUUUUAUGCUCCUAUUUGUUGUUGUUUCGUCGUUUGAGUCUCAGGGAAAUUCUACGAAAAGCGAUAAGCAGAUGGAGAAUUCGACGGCGCAGGAUGAUCUUUUUGAAAGCUCUGUGAAAUAUCCAAAUGACAAGAUUGAGUCAACACGAUGCAAUUCACGUGAAAAUGUUAUUAAGAAUGACGACGAAAUGCAAUAUAAGACCGAUAUUAAUUCUACAAGAAGCAAUAAAGAGAAUUAUGAUAACAAUUCGAAACGAUACGAGUCUCACGAUUAUAUCAGGAUAGAUUGCGAAAAAAGUAAGCAGAUGAAAUUUGAUGCAAAUUCUACAGAGAUCAAUGAUUCGAUGUUACAAGAAAUUAAGUAUCUUUCCAAGAUCAAAAACGAGAGUAAUUUCACAACGUACGAAGACGGAAAUUCCAAUACAGACUAUAAUAUUAAAACCAUCAUUGUUCCAAAUGAAGCGUGUCACAAUGUGACUUGCAUUCAGUUCUGCUGUCCUUUUGAUAAUAAACUGACGAUGAAGGGCAACUGCGUUGAAAAAGGAAACGGUAGUUUCUUUCUUCCAGCCGUUUACAAAUAUGAGAACGAUUCUGAGAAUAAAAAAAACCAAUUGCUUUAUCUGACUGUCCGCGAUCCAUGUGUUUUACAAGGAUUUGGACGCAGUCUACUUGAUUUCAAAACAUACAAGUUUCUCAUCGAUGGCUCUUUAUACCAAAAUACUGACAAACUCAUUUUACCGACGUCCUAUUGCUUUGCCAUCUUGGGUCGAGACAUUUAUGAUGUUAUUGUUUGCAAUAAUAAGACUAAACUUCCGAUAUACGUAUCCGCGUGUCUCCUAGUGUCUUUGCCGUUUCUGCUAUUGACAUUCGUAAUAUAUUCCAUAUUGCCGGAGCUCCAAAACAUGCAUGGUUAUACAUUACGUGCACACGUUGCCUCAUUAUUUAUUACGUAUGCAAUUAUGUAUUUUGGUCAACAAGUUUCUGGAUUAGCUGAUGACACAACAUUUUGCAUUUCAUUGGCUUAUAUUUUCAAUUUCUUUUUUUUGUCGAGCUUUUUUUGGCUAAAUGUAACAUGCUUCGAUAUUUGGUCGACAUUCAGAGAACUCCGUUCAUGUCGAACAAAUGUAAAGCAAGAGAAAAAAAAGUUCAUGAUAUAUUCGGUCUAUGCAUGGGGAAUCCCUUUGAUCCUUAACAUUAUCUGUGCCAUUAUGGAUUAUAUUGAAAUACCAAAUUGGAUCCGGCCAGAAAUAUGUGAGAAAAAGUUUUGGUUUGGUGAGGAUCGAGCAAAAACAAUAUAUUUUUAUGUACCCAUGGGUGCUACUAUUAUCAGUAACAUUUGUUUUUUUAUCGCCACAACGGUAACAAUUAUGUACCAGAAUAAACAUACAUCUAAGAAACUAAGAGACUCAGAGAGUAAGCGCCAUAAUGAAAAUAAGCAGAGGUUUAAUAUGUACCUAAAGCUGUUCAUAGUGAUGGGAAUAAGUUGGGUUAUGGAGAUAAUAGCGUGGUCGGUCGAGGCCGAUCUUGUACCAUCAGCCAUUUGGUAUCCCACUGAUAUAAUAAAUGCUUUGCAAGGUUUUAUCAUUUUCAUCAUAUUUGUAUGUACAAAAAAAAUAAAGCACCUGUUGCUAAAACGAUAUGGCGGGCAGAAUUGCGGUCCAUUCGGUAAAAUUCCAACAUACAACGAGAGCACGGUGUCGAAUACUACUUCCACAUCAACAUCAGGAUCAGUAGUCAUGCAAGAAGUCAAUCCAUCUAAUCAACAACUAAAUUCGCAGACCCAGAUUAAUUCUACUUAUAGCGCUGAAAUGUAAAGGAAAACAAAUUUUAUUACAGAGUUAGCAAUUAAUCAUCAGCCAAAGAUCAAUCUUGCAUUAAUAUAUUAAUGUAUCUUGCUCUUUUUGAAACAACAAUACAUUAUAAUACAUUAUGUAUACAUAUGUUUUAGUAAAUCGUUUUGUAAAA